CAAUCAAACAUAAAAAUGUCAUCAAUUAUACUUGUUAGGGCCCUCGCCGACACGGACUCCGACGGCAAGAUGACGCUCGGUGAAUUCAGCAUCGCAUGCAAGCUGAUCAACCUGAAGCUGCGCGGGUUCGAGGUCCCAAAGACAUUGCCACCGACGCUGAUUGCGUCGCUGACGGCCGUCGGUGGAACGCCCACACUGACCCCCACAACCGGACUGAGCCCGCUGGAUCCACUCAAGUCGCUUGCCGGAACCAUCUCUCACAUUCCACCGGCCAUCCCGCCCCAGCCGGCCAUGAUUCCGCACGCCAUCGUUCCGCCAAUGAGACCGGCCAUGCCUCCUCAACCGUUGAUUGCUGCAGCCGCCGCAAGUCAGCCGGCAGCAGCGCCGUUGAUUCCGAUGCAACCUCUCGUUCAACCGAUGGGCACCGUUCCGCAGCCUGCGAUGAUGCAGCAAGUGCCCGCGCAAGCACCACUAAUUGCGGGCUUCGGAAUGCCUCCGGUUCAAUCCGUGCAACCGCUGAUCGACCCCAUCGGAGGAAUCGCCAGUCCUCCACUCGUGGCCGGAAUUCCACCGAUCGGUUCUAUGCAACCACUCAUCGGAGGACUUCCGGGAGCUGUUCCAAUGGCGACUGCAGCCGUUCCAGCUCCCCCGACGCCCCCCUCGGGAACCGGAACUCCGCAACGCACCAUGUCCAUCUCCGAGCGGGCACCAUCCAUUGAAUCUCCCCAAUCCGAAUGGGCCAUCAAGGGACCGGCCAAGCUGAAGUACACCCAGCUGUUCAACACGACCGACCGCAACCGGUCCGGCUUCCUGACCGGGCCGCAGGCGCGCAACAUCAUGGUCCAAACCAAGCUGCCCCAGGCCAACCUCGCCCAGAUUUGGGCCCUCGCCGACAUGGACUCCGACGGGCGGCUCGGCUGCGAAGAGUUCGUGCUGGCCAUGUAUCUGUGCGAUUUGGCGCUGCAGGGCGAAAAGGUGCCGGCGGUGCUGCCCCCCGAGCUGAUUCCACCCUCGUUCCGCAAGGCAACGUCACGCCACGGAUCGGUCGUUGGUUCGCGCCACGGGUCGGUUUCGUCGCAGGGCGGUGCGCCCAAUGUGCACGCUGUGCCGGCCGAGCCACUGGAUCCGCUGUCCGGGUUGCCGAUGUCUUCGUUCGAGGACAAGCGCAAGGAAAACUACGACAAGGGCCAGGCCGAACUGGACCGCCGGCGCAAGGCCCUGAUGGACAUCCAGAAGAAGGAACAGGAGGAACGCGACCGCAAGGAGCGCGAGGAGCAGGAAAAGAUCCGCAAGGCCAAACUGGAGGCCGAGCUGAAGAAGCAGCAGGAGCUGGAGCGCGAACAGCAGCGGCAGCGUGAACUGGAGCAAGAACGCGAGGAGCAGCGCAAGCGCGAGCUCGAGAAGAAGGAACUGGCUAGAAAGGAAUUGGAGAAGCAACGUCAGCUUGAGUGGGAAGCGCAAAAGAUCGCCGAGAUGCAGCAGCAGCGUCAGCGCGAGCAGGAGAACGUGCUGAAGUUGAAGGCACAGAACCAGACGCUGAGCGUGGAGUUGAGCACGUUCAACGAGAAGAUCAAGGAGCUGUCGCAGAAGAUUUGCGACACGCGCGUUGGGGUGACGAACGUCAAGACCACUAUUGACGGAAUGAGGACUACGCGGGACACCCAGAUGAACGAUAUGGCGCAGCUCAAGUCGAAGGUUAAGGAGCAGAACCAGCGGCUGGUGCAGUUGAGCCAGGAAAAGUCCAAGAUGGACGCCAAGAGCAAGACCGGAGAGACCGAGGCCCAGUUACAGUUCUCGAACAAACAGAUCAUUAUUCAGCAAUUGAAGGACAAGCUCGAAAACACUAAGCAGCAGAUUGAGAACAAAACCACAGACAUCGAACUCAACAGCAAGCAUCUGGUUGAGCUCAAGUCUCAGCUGACCGAUUUGAUUGAUUCUUGCGAGAAGCUGUACCACGAGUACGACAUGCAGCGAAUACAGAUCCUCGAGAUGAAGAACAACCGCAAGAACGAGUCGUACACGAGCGCCUGGGACACGUCCAACUCGUGGCCGGUCAACAACGAACCGGUGGCGCCAGCGCAAACGGAAACAACGACGUCGAUGCUUCCGAACGAUACGGUCGAGACGCCGCCCGGCUUCGUCAAGUACCGGGCCAUUUACGAGUUUAGCGCGCGCAACGCGGACGAAAUUACGUUCCAGCCGGGCGAUAUCAUUAUGGUCCCCCUGGAGCAGAACGCCGAACCGGGCUGGCUGGCGGGCGAGAUCAACGGCCACACUGGCUGGUUCCCGGAGACGUACGUCGAGAAGGUCGACAGCAAUCUGAACACGGUGUUACCGACGGCGGCGACAACAACGACGGCAGCGGCAGAACCCUUCGCAAUGGCUGCGGCGGUGGCGGCUCCAGUGCCAGAACCGGAAACGAUCGCGUACUCACAGGAACCGGUGACCAGCGCCGAUGACUAUACGACUGCGCCCAGCGAAGAAGAAGGUUUGUCACGGAAAGAAAUGAUUGAGUCAGGUUCAAAUUUUAACAAUAAUUUGGUUGCAGCGACUUACAACGGGGAUGUCGAGUACUACGUUGCCUGCUACGCGUACCAGUCGGCGGAGAUUGGUGACCUGGUGUUCGACACGGGCGAGGUCAUCGCCGUCUCCAAAAAGGAGGGCGACUGGUGGACCGGAAACAUUGGCAAUCGUACUGGCAUCUUCCCCUCGAACUAUGUACAAAAGCAGGAAUCUGUAAGUACUGCCCUAGAGACCAGUAGUGAGCCUAGCGUUGUAGUGUCCGAGAAACAAGAGGCAAUCAACGGAAAUCAGCAAAUCAGCAGCUACGAUCAGCAGCAGCCGACGACGACAACGCAACAGGACACGCAGCAAGACUCCACCAAGCGAAAGCAAUCGACGACGAACCAGGACGCGGAGGACGCCCGGAAUCAGGCGGAAGCGGACUCCGAGGUGUCCCAGAUCAACACCCAGCCACCGAUAGCACCGCAAGCCAACGAGGAAGGCAUCCGCUACUCGUCGAUGUCCAUUUCGGCCACGCCAAGUCUGCGGAAAAAGGGCGAGGUGGCGCAGGUGAUUGCGCCGUACGAGGCGACCAGUUCGGAGCAGCUGUCGCUGACGCGUGGCCAGCUCAUCAUGAUCCGCAAGAAGACUGACUCCGGCUGGUGGGAGGGAGAGCUGCAGGCCAAAGGAAGGCGACGGCAGAUCGGCUGGUUCCCGGCAACUUACGUCAAAAUUCUCCAAGGGGGCCGCAACAGCGGUCGAAACACGCCCGUGUCCGCCAGCAAAGUGGAAAUCUCGGAAACGGUUCUUGACAAAGUAAUAGCCCUCUACCCGUACAAGGCCCUGAACGAUGACGAGCUGUCGUUCGACAAGGACGACAUCAUCAGCGUGCUCGGUCGGGACGAGCCGGAAUGGUGGCGCGGUGAGCUGAACGGAACGACCGGUCUGUUCCCGAGCAACUACGUGGGUCCGUUCGUGACGUCAGGUAACGUAUAACGAGAAUCGUGGAUAGUCGCCUCCACCACAACAAUAACCACCAGCAGUAGCAACAGAAGCAGCAUCAGCAGCAGCAUUUUAUCACAUGGUUUGCAAAGCAUUGCCAGCUCCGCACAGCACGAGGACAGCGUCAAUAAUAAUAAUAAUUACGAUAAUCUUAACAAUGAUAAUUAUGCAACUAGUUAUUACCUUAGUGACCCCAGCAACAGCAACAACAAUAACAACAAUAAUCAACCGAUGUUAUUGAUUCAACCAGACAAACGAAGUUACAACUAUUAACAAAGUGAAUAUAAAUGUGUAUAAUUAGAAAGUCACAGACAAAAAGACACACAAGUUUGGCAUUGUCCUGGUAGGGACGUUGCUCUGCAUAUGUAAAACACACACACACAAACACUCACACGAAUUCCCAGAACAAGAACCUUCCUGUCUGUUUGGAACUCCGCGCGUAGAGAGCUAUCAGCCUUAUUCUAAGCAAAACAAAAAAAAACACGCGUAUUUAUUGACCUUUCUCGAUCUGUUCCGGUUUACGGUAAGUUGUGCAAAUCUGUUUGCUGUCUGCGCUUUUAUUGGCUUGUGCGACUGUGAAAAAAACAC